AUGUCGGUUAGGUCGAGCUACGGGAUGGCUGUCGGUGUGCUCCGUACUCGGGACAUGGCUUCUGCCAGGGUGCUGGUGGAGAAGAGCUUCGGGAACUUCGUGCGGCGGAAGAGGGUCGGCCCUGCUCAGUCUCGAGCUUCUGAGGCCCAGAAAAAGCUGGACGAGCUGAAGGACCAACUCCAGGGGACCACACUAGCGGAGGCCAAGUUCUACCGCAAGCUGUGGGAGAGGAUGGAGUCGGAGAAGGGGAUCCUGGCUUAUCUUCAGGCGCAGGACCGGGAGGCGGAGCAAGAGGUCGUGGAGACCAUCUUGCCGUUGGCCCGCCUGGGCUCCGCCAUCACCCUCACGGACGGGCGAACCUCGGCACUGCUCGGGGAGAUGGCGCCCGCCGGCGCGACCGCGCAGCUCCUGGACUGCCAGAGUAGCGAUGGAGGCGUCUCCGAGGGCGGAGCUGGCGGGGAGCGUUGCUCUUCGACGGGGCGGUACCUGAUUCUGGACCGUUCCGGGAAAGUGGAAGCUGUUCUUCCGUCCCAGAUGAGGAAAAUCGACUGCGGGCAUGAGGCGGGAAUCAGCGCCACACUGGCCGCAGAACUAGCCAUUAUGGUCUCUCCCAGGUCGGCAUGGGUCUCUUCCACCAACCAAGAAGAAUCGCAAGAGCAAGCUCAAGCCGCAGCACCGCCGGCUAGGGCCGGGUUGCUGGCUGUUUUGGAGGACCGCUUCCCCCGAGAGCCUCCGGAGGAGGGUUUGCCCGCGAACGGCCAAGCGAUCUCCCUGAUUCCGUCCGAGGAGGAGACGAAGGGGUGGGACUCGAGCGCGCUUAUCAACGCCGGGUUGUGUAUUUUGGAGGAUGAGGAUGGGACAGCUACCCGUGUCCCCGGUCACAUCCAGAGACAGCUCUCGGUGAGCAAUGAAAGUAAUAUCCGUUUGAAAACGAAAGACUGGGAUUUGGGAAAAAAACGAAAGGGUACAGUGAUGAGUCGUGUGGCGGAGCAGAUGGAGAAUCACCCGGCGCAUCACGUGGAGGACCCAGAGUCCGUGGCCAGACAGAGCAAGGAGAUCAUCUCGUUGGAAGAGCAGGGGUGGAAGACGGAGCAGAAGCUCAAGCAGCCCGCCUGGGACGAGUUCCUCGCCGUGUGCCGGGUCCUGAAGAGAUACGACGCGCUCAAGGACGCAGAAGUAUCCACGGACGCGUCAGGGGAGGAGGACGGCGCCGCGGCUUCCGGGGCAGCAGCAGAGAGCGGCGGCGACAAAAAGGCGGACAGCAAGAGGGCGAAGAAAAAGUGGGGGGAACCGAAGCCCACCGCCUUCGGGAGGAUGGUGGGCUCGAUUAACGCCGAGAAUGAGCUGUGGAUGGCGCUCGUACUAACGAGGAAGAGCAUCCUCCAGCUUGGGUACACCGAGCUCGCGUCGCUGAUGCCGGCCAUCCUCAACGAGUACACCAGGCCCGACCUCUUCACUCUCUACGGGCCAUCGGAGGGUGUGUCGGCAUUCCUCGAAGAGCUUGCCCCCGUCGCGUCGGAGCUUUCGGAGAUCCAGAUGCUGGAGCAGGUGGAGCAGCCCGUCCGAUUGGACAGCAAGCUGUGCGGGCUUGUGGAGGGCUGGGCCAACGGGUGUGACUGGAGCGAGCUCGUCGCGAGCACGUCGUUGGACCAGGGCGACCUCUGUCGAAUACUGAGAAGAGCCAUGGAGAUGCUCCGACAGAUCCCCGUCCUGCCUGGGCUUCCGGCGGUGCUCAAGGACCGUGCGAGGCUGGCGGCUGACUCUCUCGACCGCUUCCCCGUGUCCGACGACACGUCAUACCUCCUCAGGGCUAGCACCACCGAGGUGGGCGAGGAAGACGGAGACGCCGUAGGAGACGAGGACGAAGAAGAGCUUGUGCUGAUGUCGGGGGCGGCGGCUGACGAUGGUGACCUCAUCGUGUCUGACGGAAGGAACAUGGAGGACUUCCUGGACGAGGAUGAGAUCGCGGCUUGGGAGGCCGGCGGGGAGGCGGCGACAACGCUGGAAGCAUGAGGGUUGGUGUGGGGUCGUGACCGUUCGCGCGGGUACUUGCCACGAAAAUGAAGGGACAACGUGGCAUACCGCCUUGGCGAAGAUCCGGCGUGUCGCGUUGUUCGUUUGCAGCGCACGAAGGGUUGGGGCUUAAUUGAUUAGACCAAUCCCACGGAGGUGUGCGGUAUGAUUACGGGGAAGCACCCAGCUUCUAAUGGAACGCCUUGUCGACAUGGCAGGCCAAGGUGGGCACCGCUGAUUUUUUCAGCUUUCAACACAAGUAUGCUUCGCCCUUGACUGAGACAAGCAGACUUGUACCUACCUGUCACUUUCGACGCUGUGAUGUAGCGUCGAGGCGUUCGCUACAUAGUGUUCCUUCGUGUGCAGCAAGCCACGUCCCCUGUUAAUGAGCCCCGCUGCAGUACCCGAAGCAAUCCGACCUCAUGAAGAGAAGCACCAUCGUUGCGUGCCGUGCUAAUGGAUUGCGUGCGACGCAGCGGUGUGUGUGGAGUCAGCACAUAAGUACGCCGUCGGUUGCAAGCACAGCGACGGGAGGUGCCGCUUCUCCCUUCUCCGGAUUUUUCUUACGCGCGACCCGACAAGUGGAAAUAUGGUGGGAUAGCUGUUGUUCUUUGCAGGAGUCUACUGUCAGCACAUGGACAAUUGCUGGCGAGACAACAACUUUGGUAUGAAACACUUGAACCCUAGCUUGUGCAUGUGUGG